AACACGUGGUUUUUCCCUCAGACUCCUAACAUCUGUUGAUGAGUAAACAUCACCGACCCACUCUGGAUUAUUUCUCCACUUUUUCAAGAUCUACAGUGUGAGGAUGGAUGUGACCAACAAGACCUGACGUUCACUGCUCAAACACAUGUUGUGUAGAUCAGAGGUCCAACUAGUUACAGUUCUAAGGAAGUGAAGGACGAUCGUAAAAAAAAACAAGUGCAUCACCAAGAGGAGAAAUGGCGCAGAAAGGAGUUCAGCUGGGUCAGGAAUCCCUUUCUUGUUCGAUCUGUCUGGAUCUCCUGAAGGAUCCGGUGACUGUUCCCUGUGGACAUAGUUACUGCAUGAGGUGCAUUAAAAGACACUGGGAUGAAGAAGACAACAAGAGAAUCUACAGCUGCCCUCAGUGUAGGCAGACCUUCACACUGAGGCCUGUUCUCGGGAAAAACACUCUUUUAGCAGAUAUAGUGGAGGAGAAGAAGAAGACUGGACUCCAAGCUGCUCCUGCUGAUCACUGCUAUGCUGGACCUGAAGAUGUGGCCUGUGAUGUCUGCACCAGGAGAAAACGUAAAGCUCUUAUGUCCUGUCUGCAGUGUCUGGCCUCCUACUGUGAGAAACACCUCCAGCCUCAUUUUGAAGCACCUCCAUUGAAGAGACACAAACUGAUGGAGCCGUCCAAGAAGCUCCAGGAGAACGUGUGCUCUCGUCAUGAUGAGGUGAUGAAGAUCUUCUGUCGUACUGAUCAGCAGUCUAUCUGUUAUCUCUGUUUAAUGGACGAACACAAAGGUCACGACACAGUCUUAGCUGCAGCAGAAAGGAGCGAGAGGCAGAGAGAGCUCGAGGUGAGUCGACAAAACAUCCAGCAAAGUAUCGAGGACGGAGAGAAAGAUCUGAAGCUGCUUCAACAGAAGGAGGAGGCUAUCAAUGGCUCGGCUGAUAAAACGGUAGGGAACAGUGAGAAGAUCUUCACUGAGCUGAUUCGUCUCAUGGAGAAAAGCCGCUCUGAUGUGAAGCAACAGGUCAGAUCCCAGCAGCAGACUGAAGUGAGUCGAGUCAGAGAGCUUCAGGAGAAGCUGGAGCAGGAGAUCACUGAGCUGAAGAGGAGAGAUGCUGAACUGGAGAAGCUCUCAGACACAGAAGAUCACAACCAGUUUCUACACGACUACCCCUCACUGUCACCACUCAGUGAAUCUACACCCUCAUCCAGCAUCAAUAUCCGUCCUCUGAGGUACUUUGAGAAUGUGACAACGGCUGUAUCAGAAGUCAGAGAUAAACUACAGGACGUCCUGAAAGAGAAAUUGACAAACAUCUCACAGACAGUGACUGAAGUGGAUAAUUUACUGUCAGAACCAGAGUACAAGACCAGAGCUGAGUUCUUAAAGUAUUCAUGUGACAUCACACUGGAUCUAAACACAGCAUGCACACAGCUGUUAUUAUCUGAUGAGAACAGAAAAGUAACAGCAAUGACUAAAGAACAGUCUUACGCUAGUCACCCAGACAGAUUCACUGAUUUGUUUCAGGUCCUGAGUAAAGAGAGUCUGACUGGACGUUGUUACUGGGAGGUGGAGAGGAGAGGAGGAGGAGGAGUUUGUGUAGCAGUCGCAUACAAGAAUAUCCGUAGAGCAGGGAGCUCAGAUGAAUGUUUGUUUGGACUCAAUGACAAAUCUUGGCAGUUAAUUUGUUACAACAACAGAUAUAAAUUUUGUUACAACAAAGUCAAAACUCGUGUCUCAGGUCCUCGGUCCUCAAGAGUAGGAGUGUACCUGGAUCACAGAGCAGGUAUUCUGUCCUUCUACAGCAUCUCUGAAACCAUGACUCUCCUCCACAGAGUCCAGACCACAUUCACUCAGCCUCUACAUGCCGGACUGGGGUUUAACUGGUGUACUGGAGACUCUGCUGAGUUGUGUAAACUGAAGUAGACAGAAGUCAUUAACGAGACAGAUGUUUAACUUGCUGUGUUUUAAAUCUUCAACUUGAUUUUUAUUCAUGUUCGAUGCUGAGAUCUGAUCGUCGUUACCUGUCAAUCAAACUUUAUGGGCGGUACUUCGACCUCGUCUGGUCUGUUGUGUAAAUCAUAAUUUUCUUUUGUUAUAUUGGCCAUUUUCUCACCUCUGAAGACGA